AGCAGCUCUCUGAUUGACAGCUACAAUGCAGCUGCAGGUGGGAUUAUUCAGCGAGUUAUCUCGAGCUGUUGCGACUUAGUUCAGCUGUUUUAAACUGAAGAUUUCAUGUAACCAGAAUGGAUCCGUCAAAUUAAACACCAGGAAGUGGUCUUUAACAGAGGCCUCUGCAGGUAUGGAGAACGGAGGCUCAAUGAUGGACUUGCUAGACUAUGGAGAGACAUUGUGGGAAAAUGCGGAGAAAAACAGGUACAUCCUGUGCCGUUUCAUCAACCCCAACAAACUGACUUCGUACCUGCGGCAAUGCAAAGUCAUCGACGAGCAGGAUGAAGACGAAGUGCUGAACUCUCGCCUGCUGGAGUCAAAAGCCAACCGAGCAGGUCGGCUACUAGAUAUCCUACACACAAAGGGGGAGCGGGGCUAUGUGGUGUUUUUGGAGAGUCUGGAGUUGUACUACCCUGACCUCUACAAACUCGUUACAGGGAAGGAGCCAACUCGCAGAUGCUCCACUAUUGUUGUGGAAGAGGGGCAGGAAGGGCUCAUCCAGUUUUUAAUGAAUGAGGUCAUGAAGCUGCAGCAGCAAUCCAAGGCUAAAGAUGUGCAGCGGGUUGACUUCAUGACCAAAUGCCGCACGCUAGAAGACGAGCACAAGAAGCUUCGGCUUGCCAACCAGGAGUUGCUUACAUUCCAGGAGCGCUACAAUAAGAUGAAAGAAGAGCGCAAUAACUAUAACGAUGAACUCAUUAAGGUGAAGGAUGACAACUAUCAGCUGGCCAUGCGGUAUGCCCAGCUCAGCGAGGAGAAGAACAUGGCCGUUAUGAGGAGCCGGGACCUGCAGCUAGAGAUUGACCAGCUAAAGCACAAACUCAACAAGUUGGAGGAGGAGUGUAAAAUGGAGAGGAGGCAGUCUCUGAAAUUGAAGAAUGACAUUGAAAACCGACCUCGGAAGGAGCAGAUAUUUGAGCUGGAGCGUGAGAAUGAGGUCUUGAAGAUCAAACUCCAGGAGUUGCAGUCCAUCAUACAGCCGGGACCCCUACCUGAUUCAGACAAGGCCAUCCUGGAUAUCCUGGAGCAUGAUCGACAGGAGGCUCUGGAGGAUCGUCAGGAGCUUGUCAACAGACUCUAUAACCUGCAUGAGGAGGUCCGACAGGCUGAGGAGCUCAGGGACAAGUACCUGGAAGAGAAGGAAGACCUUGAACUGAAGUGCUCCACUUUGGUGAAGGACUGUGAAAUGUACAAGAACCGCAUGAAUACCAUCAUGGUUCAGCUUGAAGAGGUGGAACGUGAGCGAGACCAGGCUUUCAAGUCAAGAGAUGAUGCCCAACAUCUUGUGUCUCAGUGUUUGAUUGAUAAAGACAAGUACCGCAAGCAAAUACGGGAGUUGGAGGAAAAGAGCGAUGAACUUCAAAUUGAGAUUGUACGCAAAGAAGCCAAGAUUGUCAACGUGGAGUGCAAACUUAGACGUGUGUCUAAGGAAAAUGGUCUGGAUCAGAGUUUGCCACGAGACAUUACUCCACACAUUAUAGCUCAGCACUUUGGCCCACCUGACCCAAAUACUGGAGGACAUUCUGAAGACUCUGGAGAAGACACUGUUGAGGAUCAAGAGCAGAGGUUCAAACGUAGACAUAACCUCAAGGCCAGGGUUGCCAGACCAAAAUCUCCAGCAACUGGACUUAAAAGUCUGCAGUUACAAGCCUUGACAUUCACCAAUGGAGAUCUCUCAGAACCUGCAGCCACUGACAGCACAAGUCCAGCCAAUGCCAACUUAAUGAAUUCUCCUAUCACACCCACUCCUAAUGUUGGAGAGAUCUACUGUAAAAAUCUGCGCUACCGUAACGACAGCAUCUUGUCCACUGCGCCCGAGCCUCCAGACCAGCACUCCAUUGUCAGGAGGAUAAAGGAGAACCCAAACUCGCAGUUCAAGUGUAUUCCCUUUUCAGACACUGCAGAUACUGACAGUGGAGACAAUGCAGAUAUGGAUGACCAUGAUGUAGACAUUUCCUCCUACGGGCCUUCAUCCAUUCACUCGUCUUCAUCUUCCCACCAGUCUGAGACAAUGGACUCCUAUGAUCUGGAGCAAGUCAAUAACAUCUUCAGGAAAUUCUCUUUGGAAAGACCAUUCCGUCCUUCGUUUAAUUCAGACCCUCCUCGCAGCUCGUUGCGGCCAGUGCAGAGCCUUUCUCUGUCAGGAGAAAAUCUUUUAUCAGACAUCGCUCUGAUUGGUGGAAAUGAUAGUGGCAUCUUUGUUUUCUCUGUCCAGUCCGGUUCUAAUGCAGAGCGAGCCGGAGUUAAAGUUGGACACCAUCUCUUAAUGCUGGAGGGCAGUGUCCGUGGAGAAGCCCAGCGUGUGGCUUUGGACACAUGCACCAAGGAGGAAGCCCACUGGACCCUGCAGAGAUGUUCUGGACAGGUGUAUCUCCACUACAAGUCCAACUAUGAUGGCUAUAGACGGCUGCUGAAGGACAUUGAAGAUGGCACGGUGGUGUCAGGAGACUCCUUCUACAUACGUCUCAAUCUAAACAUCUCCAGCCAGUCAGAUAACUGCUCAUUGAACGUAAGAUGUGAUGAGGUUCUCCACGUGCUGGACACCAUGCAUCAGAGCAGGUGCGAAUGGCUGUGUGCUCGUGUGGACUCUUUUACCGACAAGGACCUGGAGAGAGGCACUAUACCGAGCUACUCCAGAGCCCAGCAGCUCCUCUUGGUGAAAAUUCAGAAGCUGAUGUGUCGAGGAGGUCGAGAGGAAGCAGACACUCUGCGAGGGCUGCGGAACACUCUACAACCUGAGGAACCCACACCAUCUCCAGACCCCAAGUCCAGCCCACGCCUGUCCAGAGCCAGUAUCUUCAUCUGUCAGAUAUUACAGUUUGUCAGCAGGACGGAUAACAAGUACAAGAGGAUGAACAGCAAUGAACGUGUCCGCAUUGUCAAUGGAGGGAAUCCAUCAUCGGUCUCCAGACCAGGCUUUGAAACGUUGAGGCCUGAGGAUUCGUCUGACCCAGAGAGUGACUUAAAUAAGAGCUUGAACCUUAUUCCAUAUAGUUUGGUGACUCCACACCAAUGCCAGCGCAAAAGACCUGUCCUCUUCACCCCCAACGUCCUGGCCAAGACCAUCGUCCAGAAGUUCCUCAAUCUUGGAGGCGCUAUGGAAUUCAAUAUCUGCAAACCAGACAUUCUGACAAAAGAUGAAUUCCUCAUGAAACAGAAGAUUGAGCCCAUCAUUUAUUCCAAAGAAAAGCAGGGAGGCACAUAUGAAUGUAUCACCCCAGAAAAUAUUGAAGCAGUUGCCUCCAAGAAUAAGCACUGUCUACUGGAAGCUGAUCUGAGUUGUGUGAAAGACCUGCUAAGAAGGGAGAUCUACCCCAUCGUGAUUUUCAUCAAAAUCUGUGAAAGGAACAUAAAAAAAUUAAGAAGACUGCCUCUGAAGGUGGACUCUGAGGAUGAGUUUUUAAAGAUGUGCCGCUCCAAAGAGAAGGAGCUCGAGACUCUGCCGUGCUUGUAUGCCAGCGUGGAGUCAGACUUUUGGGGUGGGGUGGAGGACCUCCUUAAAAUCAUCAAGGACAAGAUUUUUGAGGAGCAAAAGAAGACGGUCUGGGUGGAGCAGGAUCUACUUUAAAUGACCUGUUUUAACCUUAUCAGGAGAGCAGAUAAGGAUACGCUGUGAUACGGCUUAUGGUAUGUCUGCACACCGAAACUCUGUCUGUUUCCAGUUCGGGGGUGGAAUGUAUGCAGCACAGGCGCAUGAACAGGAA